AAACAAUCACGUCACGAGCCAAAGGUCAGCCAAUCAGAGGAGCGGAAGUUUAGCGUUGCGGUAAUCCGGUUCAGACGUGACAAGUGCGGCCGACUUUAACCUGAACUCAGUCCUCAUUUACUGCCCUUUAGUGCUCUAAAACACUACCCUCUUCACUGCUGCCUCACCACGGAGAGCUGGGCGGGUGUUCAUGAUGUACAGGUCGACUGAUAUGUUGUUAGGAGGUGAAGCUUUCACACAGCGGGAGAUGUGCUCCUUUGUAAGCUAGUUUUGGUCCGUCAGUUAGUAACCGUUGGUGACCGUUGGUGACCGUUAGUGACCGUAAGUGAUGUUGGUGGGCUGAAUGAGCAGCGAGUAGCUCGACGAGUCUGCUCCACAGGCCGACAGGAGGAGCCCUGUUUCAGGACUAAAACACACCCAGAUGAGAGCAGAACGCGUCUGGUAACAACCACCGGGGUGCUCUGAUACUCAGUUAGCCCUGCACCCACCGAUUCCUGUUAAGAGUGAGACCCAACCAGGCUUCACGGUGGAAACCAGAAGAAGAGCAAAGAUGAAUGCUGUGCGGGGGGGCACAGUCACCUGGCGUCCCCAGCCGUGGCAGGAUGGGGACGGGGGUGGAGGAGAACCGCUGUCGGACAGCGACUCCGAGGAGGAGGACUUCCCUGAUGACAGCACCACCCCGCUGGGAGACUACAUCACACAUGGAUUAAAACAGCUCCUGGAUGCUCAGCAGCUGUGUGAUGUCACUCUACUUGUUGAGGGAAAGAAGUUCAUGUGUCACAGAGUCCUCCUAGCAGCCGUGAGCCCGUACUUUCGGGCCAUGUUCACCAGCCCCCUGGUGGAGUCCCGCCUCACUGAGAUCCGACUGGAGGAAGUGACGCCGUCCGUCAUGGAGACUGUCAUCCAGUUUGUGUACACCGGUGAGGCGGGGCUCUCUCUGGACACCGCCGAGGAUCUCUUUGUGGCCGCCAACCGGCUUCAGGUCAUGCCCCUUCAGGACCUGUGCUCCAGGUUUCUAUUUGAGCACCUCUCAGUGGAUAACUGCCUGGGGAUGUACUCUCUGGCUCGCUCUCACCACGACCAGCUGCUGCUGCGCGCCUCUUUGCGGCUUGUCGCCCAGCACUUCCCCCGGGUGGCCCGGCAGAAAGACUUCCUCCUGCUUGACCACGGCACCUUGGGCAGCCUCCUGAGCUCUGACCGUCUGGGGGUGGACUCCGAAGCAGAGGUUUACGACGCGGCGCGCCGCUGGGCAGAGCACCAACCCUUAGAUCGCUACGCCCACAUGCCGGCGCUACUCCACCACCUGCGGCCGGGACUGCUGUCCCAGGAAGAAAGCCGACGACUAUGCCAGGAGUUGGGGCCCGCUGCAGCUGGCGAGGGCCUCGGGGGGCCUCUGAGACCACGGGAGGGCAUGUUUGAGAAGAAGAUCGUCUGUGUGGACCUGACACCUCGGGAGGAGGAGAAUUUAGCUGCAAGAGACUACACAGUGGACUGCUUUGACCCUCGGACAGGGAAGUGGGAGAAGUUAGCUGCGCUGGGUUCACUGGUCAGUCCCGGCUGUACGGCUGUAGGCGACCGGCUGUUUGUAGCGGGCGGGAUCCUGCGGACAGGCUCUGUGUCUGCAGCCGUGCAUGAAUAUGAUGCAGUGUUGGACCGCUGGAUAGAGCGGCCCUCCAUGGUCCAGCCGCGAGCCAUGCUAGGCCUGCUGGGCUGUGGAGAGUCAGUCUACGCCUUGGGUGGUAGUAACCGCUCAGCUCUGCUGGACUCCAGCGAGACCCUGGAGCUGACUACGCUUCAGUGGGCCCCGGGGCCUCGGUUACCGCUCCCUCUGCGCGCCUUCGCCUGCUCGGCAUUGCGUGGACGACUUUACCUCCUGGGUGGAACCACACUUGAACAGAACAGGGCUGUGGUCCACUCGGGGGUGCUUAUUUAUCACACACUAACAGACUGCUGGACACGCGUCGCUCUGGACUCCGGCGCCACUUGUCUCGCUGGAGGAGUAGCAGUGCGAGGAGGAGUUUGUGCCAUCGGGGGAUACAUGAGGGAUACCACCAAGUUCCUGGAUGGAAAUUACACUAAUCUGGAGACUUUAGACGCCACUGGGCGUGUGCUGUUUUUCAGAGAGGGCAGGGGGUCUGGGGUAGAGAGGGAGGUGACUGGGGGAGGGGUGAUGGUCACUGCGGAGCAGCGGGGAGGUGCAGGUGGUGGAAGCGACCGCGCCCCGAGCCCUGUGGUGUUUCCCGGGCUGCCGCGGCGGAUUGCAGCCGGGGGCGUGGCCAGGUGGAAACGCAGGAUUUAUGUGCUGGGUGGUGAAAACGGCUCACGGUUUUAUGACAGUGUGUACUGCUGGAAGCCCGGCUGGCGCAGCUGGGUCCAGAGACGAGAGAAACUCCCCGGAGACACUGGAGGGGUGAGCCAGUUUGGGUGCACCACUUUAAAGUUCCCUAAGAAACACAUCCUGUCCAGACUGAGACUAGCCAAAGAAAACUGCAAGAAGGCCGCUGACUAGCUCGAUAGGGACCAGUACGAGUGAACCGAUCAUAUGACACAGAGAUGAGCUCCAGGCUGAGUUUGAAUUAGCUCCUUUGGUGUUGAAGAAAGAGACCAUUUUAUACAAUCUGAGUGCAGCCCAGAGUCGUCUAUAAUGGACUGGGUGCAGACAGAUGGUAUGAAAUGUAUUGUGGAGAGUCAAAUGUACAGGCAGAGAGCAAGUGGAGCCAGAAACUGGUUAAAAGUCAGGCAACAUGCACCUGAAUGUAACCCAAUUUGUCAGAUCAGUAAAAUCCUUUGAGAGAGAGAAAAGGGCCUUUUAAUAGUUUUUUUUUUUUUAAAGUGUAAAGUUAAUUUCAGCUUUUUGCUGGUGUAAUUUUUUAAGGCUGAACUAUUUCAAUGCUGUGAAUUUUUCAGCAGCGUUUAGUUUAGACACAAGGAUACGGACACAUCUCUGACCGCAGCUAUGUUCCACUUUAUCUGCCUAAACCUUGUUUGUUCUCUAAUGGGGGCCCGUAAGGCCCCUUUGAAACUGCAAUUAAGGGCUAUAGAAAUGACUUGAGUGGAAACAUAUCAUAGGAAACGCCAAACUUGUAAACCAGUGAAGAGGUGAAUGUCCUGUUCUAACAUCAGUCAGUGGGUUUUAGUACGGCACAUCAACGGCUCAUUUUUUUCAGGUUCACCCUUCACAACAUCAGGAUAGUCUGACCUACCUGUUCCCAAGAGCCUGGCCAGUGUUGAACUUUUGCAAAGCCCUGUUCACUGGUCUCACUAUGAUCCCAAACAUGUCAGCCCAUGUGUUUAACAAAGACUUGUUCUUAAAUGCUCUUAUAUCAAGUGGAACAUAGCAGUGGGAGAAAGGGCUGGACAAUACGCAAAGAAAUUGGAAGAUGAUAGCCUGAGGCCUUGUUACAGAAACUUCCUAAGUCUGAAAUCCUAUCUUAUCUCAAUUUAGGAUGACAUUUAGGAUUGUUGGUGUUACAGAAACAUGUUUUCCUACCGACACGAUUAGUGCCUCCGACUCCUCGUAGAUAAAAAUGUAACGCUAGCUAGCCGGUGACAAGUGAGAGUCGUUGAUAUUAUGGCUUGUCCAUCUCGAGUACUUUACCGGUACAUUCUGUUCAAAGAUGCAGGCAUGACGGGACGAGUGCCGAUUGAAGAAUCAAAUUUACAGUUCUAGUUCGGAUUUCUUAAGUUAAGAGAAGAUAGGAGGUCUGAGAUAGGAUAGGACACAGUCAUGAGUUUAGGAAUUGCUUCUGUAAUAUCUAUAUUUGAAACUAAAGUUAAGAUAGGACAAGCAGUUAGGAUAUUUUCCUGUAAUGAGGCCCCUGAACACCAUCUUCCAUAUUAGUACACAUGACAAUGUGUGCUUUAAGGAUAGAAAAGCCCCUGUCAAAAUGAUUUGGUAGAUGCUCAUGAUGGUUUGCGGCAAAGAAAAACUAGAGCUGUCCUUUUCAGAUAGCGUGGCGGUGUGAUUACAGCGACAGGUAAAUGUGUAACGGUGUCGUGAAGAUGACCAACAGCAUCCUUGUGUCUAGACUGGCGCACCUUUCCUCAACGUUCGAGCCCAGGUGACCAGUUGUCUUUACUUGAUUCAGCAGCCGUGACUAAAUGACAUUUUAUUUUUCAAUUGCUCCAGCCACGGGACUCAUGAAUGUGUUUUGGCGUUAUGGAGGUUAUGGAUUAUUUGAACACAUUAAGCACUGCACCUAAUUUAUUGAAAUGUAUUUCAAAGGUUUUUUUGUUGUUGUUUUGAAAUGGAAACUUUUUGCUCUGACUGCUGCGCCCCGGGCGUCCUGCAGGAGGAUGGCACUAUAAGCUCAGAUGUGUUGAGAUCUGAACGGGUUUUAAAGUAACUUAAUUCUUGAAUUUUUUAUGAAAAGGUCAGAAAGUUUGCCCACAAAUGUAAGCACAUUGUUUUGCUGUAAGCCACCAUGUUUUCUUCUGUUUUCCUCUCUUAUUUAUUCAAAUUGAUCAAACUAUGUUGGAGAUAUGUGCACAU